AUGCCCUCCACUUCCGGCCUCGCCUCGCCAGCCCUUUCAAAGCUCGUCCCUACCACAUCCACAAGGCUGAUCUUCUCUCGUGGUGCGCCAGGCUCAAGUGAACCGUCGGCAUGGGUGACGCUCAGCCUCUCGAGCUACUCACCGGCGAGUACAUCCAGCCAACAACUGUUAAGCCACACGCAGUCGAUACUUCCUCAAAAAGGGGGCCAGUCUCGCGCAGAUACUCUAUCCCGCAACCUCGCCGUCGACGGCCCACUCAAGUCAUACAUUGACGUCGCAGCCAGCGCUUAUGCCGCGGACCAAAGCCUCCAUAACACUUUCACAAACAACUCUUUCAACAAGGGCUACGCACAGUUCCCCAAUUGCUUCGCACUAGAUACAAUCGAAGGCUCGUUCAAAAGUGGCAUGACGCUUACUUCCGGUUUCACCGACGCAGGUGUCACCCCUGCUAUUUGGAGCUUCUCCUAG